AUGACGAAAAUUAUUGAUAAAAAAAUUCAAUCUAUUAUUCAACAAUGUGAAUCUUUAUCUAUUGAUGAUAUUGAAAAACUUUCAAAUUAUAAAAAAUUAAAAACUAUUUCAUCAAUAAAAUCUCGAAGAUGUUGUGAUAUUUAUCUUAUACUUGCUAUUAUAUUUGGUCUACUUAGUUUAUUUACAACAGGUAUAUCACAUACUGGUAUUGAACAUUUUCUUGAAUAUUCAUAUAGAAAACUUUUUUCAAUUGAUAUUUAUCGUGAAGAAUGUCUUGCACCUAAACUUGAAUCAAUUAUUGAUAUAUUUCGUCCACCAAUAUCUUGUGAUAUUUGUCAUAAUCUUAAUCAUAUUGAACGUAUAUCUAAUAUAACACGAGAAGAAUUUGAAGAAAAAUAUGCAUAUACAAAUCGUCCUGUUAUUAUAACUGAUGCAAUGAAUAAUUGGUUAGCAACAGAAGAAUUUAAUUUUAAAUUUUUUAAACGUCUUUAUCGAAUGAAUUCAAGUGCACUUCUUGCUGUUGAAGAAAAUUGUCAAUUUUUUCCAUAUAGAAAUAAAGAUGAAUUUGAAACAUUAGGUGAUGUUUUUGAUAUGGAUUUAGAAAGAGCUUAUAUGAUUAAUGAUAAUUAUCGACCAUGGUAUGUUGGUUGGAGUAAUUGUGAUUAUUCAACAGCUUAUCUUCUUCGACAAUAUUAUACAAAACCUUAUUUUUUACCUAAACAAUCAGAAUCCAGUAAACUUGAUUGGAUUUUUAUGGGCACACCAGGUUUCGGUGCACAUAUGCAUAUUGAUAAUGUUGAUUUACCAUCAUGGCAAGCACAAGUACGUGGACGAAAACAAUGGACACUUCGACCAGUACCUGAAUGUUUCUUUCAAUGUAAAGAAUUGAAAUUUAUUGUUGAACCCGGAGAAAUUAUUGUACUUAAUACUAAUGUAUGGUAUCAUAAAACAUUUGUGAUUAGUGAAGAUGAAAUAAGUAUUACAAUUGGAUCUGAAUUUGAUUAA